AAUUACAGAGGAACUAACGGUCAUAUCCGCCAUUUUCACGUCUAUUGACGUGUACUUGGCUAACUCCUGGCAGCAAAUCCAGGAAGGUUAUUUUAUACGUUGUACUUGAAUAUACAAUGUCCACACCAUUACUAACGCCCAGUUUGUGUUUAGUUUAACCUGAUGGGGUUGAAUGAUUGAAAACAUGAACACUUAAAUAAGUGACAAGCUUGAUGUUUAACAGGGCACGUUAGCUGGUUAGAGUAGGCCUAUUAGUUAGCUAACCUACGGCAGUUGUUUACAGCAUUUUACCAUGGGCAAAAUGUACGCAUACUAUGACAUGCUCGAAUAUAAACGUGUCACAAUAAGCAUAGAACAAGACGUCAUAAGAUCAAGCAAAGUCUUAUAAAAAGUCCGCUCGCUAACGCAACCAUUCAACGCCGAAUUAACUUAACUGUAGUUACACUGUGAAACGUUUGCUUCAUAUAAUUAGAAUUGUAUUCAUUUAUUUUAUAAAUUAUAUUCAUUUUAUCCUUUUGCCUAUUUUCAUAACCUUUGGAACUGGACGGGAAUGCAACGAUGAGCACGAGUGCUCCCAAUUACCUGGACAACACGUUGUAUGUGGGAGACCUGCAUCAUGCCGUGACUGAAGGCAUUCUUUUUGACAAAUUCAGCCGAGCUGGAUCAGUGAAGUCCAUACGAGUGUGCAGGAACUUGAUUACUCGCCGUUCCCUUGGAUACGCGUACGUCAACUUCCGAGAAGCAGCUGGUGCGGAGAACGCUCUGAAGACCAUGAACUUUGAACUCAUCAUGGGCAAGCCCAUCCGUAUCAUGAGGUCCCAGCGUGAUUCCUCUCUCAGGAAGAGUGGAAUGGGCAACAUUUUUGUUGGGAACCUGGAGAAAUCCAUCGACAACCAGGCCCUCUACAACAUGUUCUCACGCUUUGGCAACAUCCUGUCCUGCAAGGUGGUGGCCUGCAGUGAUGGAGGCUCAAAGGGACACGGCUUUGUGCACUUUGAGACCCUUGAGGCCGCCGAAAAUGCUAUUAGUGAAAUGAGCGGCAAACUGUUCAACAACAGAAAAGUGUUUGUUGAGCACUUCAAAUCGCACCAAGAGCGAGUAAAUGAGACGGGAGACAAAGAGAAGGACUUCACUAACAUCUACAUCAAGAACAUUGCUAAGGACAUGAAUGCCAAAAGACUGAAGGAGACAUUUGGAAAAUAUGGCCCAACAGUGAGUGUACGAGUCGUGACUGAUAACUAUGGAAAUUCCAAAGGCAUUGGGUUUGUCAGCUAUCAGAGGCACAGGGAUGCAAAGAGGGCAGUGGACAACAUGAAUGGGACAGAGAUCAACGGGAGGCGGAUCUAUGUGGCAUGUGCUCAAAAAUGGGCAGAGCGGAAGCUUGAAGAGAAGAAACAGGGAACCAUGACAACCAACUGCCAGGUGACCGCAAAAGGUGACUACAGACAGACCAGCAAGUCCCUGCACAAAAAUGGCUGCAUUGUUCAGCAAAAAGAUAUGAACAUUGCCAACAAGCAGGCCCUGUUAAACCCUGUUAUGAACGUCCACCAGCCUGAGCCAAGCCUGUCCAUCACCAACAACCAGCAUUGCCAACCUCCUAUCAUUGGCCGCUGUCAGCCUGUGCCAAUCCCAACCAUCAACAGUCAGCAGCCUGUGCAGACCAGCAAGUCCCUGCACAAAGAGGGCUGCCUUGUUCAGCAAGAAGAUAUGAACAUUCAGAUGAUGGCCAACAAGCAGGCCCUGUCAAACCCUGUUAUGAAUGUCUACCAGCCCAGCCUGUCUAUCACCAACAACCAGCAUUGCCAACCUCUUUUAAUUCUGAACUCCUACUUUCCUGUGCCAAUCCCAGCCAUCAACAGGUAUCAGCCUGUGCUAAAUUCUGCCGUGACAAAGGACAAGCUUUGCCAGUGCAGACCAUAA